ACUGCCUAUCAUAUUUCCAUUCACCCCCCGGCAAACCUUCUACUUUCUUUCCCCGCUUACCUCCUCAUUGUACGUCUUCUCGCUUCUCUCCGCGAGUUCUUCGCCCACUGCCGCUAGAUCUCCGACAAGACCGAGGCGACCGACGGCGACGACCCACCGUAACCACCGAUCCACCCCGCCGCCGCCUCUCCGCCGCGUGCGCCGUCCCCUACGUCCCGAAAUCUAGCGGCGCGGGUGCUUUCCCUUCCCGCUGACAAGCCGCUGCCGCCGCCAUGGGCGACGCCGUGGGACGGGUGGUGGGGAUCUCGAGGUAGCGUCCGGAUCGAUAGGGUUUCUCCGCGAUGGCGCCGGGGGCGGCGUCGGGGAGGAGCUGGGUGGAGUCCUACACCGGGAUGUCCGCCGACAACAUCAAGGGCCUCAUCCUCGCGCUGUCCUCGAGCUUAUUCAUCGGCGCCAGCUUCAUCGUCAAGAAGAAGGGUUUGAAGAAGGCCGGCGCGUCCGGGGUCAGGGCAGGAUCUGGAGGCUAUUCUUACUUGUACGAACCACUUUGGUGGAUAGGAAUGAUAACAAUGGUUGUUGGGGAAGUUGCCAAUUUUGCAGCUUAUGCAUUUGCUCCAGCCAUUUUGGUCACUCCUCUUGGUGCACUUAGCAUAAUCAUCAGUGCUGCUCUUGCACAUAUCAUUUUACGGGAGAGGCUGCACAUAUUUGGCAUUCUUGGAUGUGUUCUUUGUGUUGUGGGAUCAACCACAAUUGUUCUCCAUGCCCCUCAGGAGCGUGAGAUUGAAUCUGUUAAGGAAGUAUGGGAUCUGGCUACUGAACCAGCUUUUCUGUUCUAUGCAGCAGUAGUAAUUGCUGCUGUUUUUGUGCUUAUAUUCCAUUUUGUCCCCCAUUAUGGACAGACACAUAUUAUGGUGUACAUUGGUGUUUGCUCUCUUGUAGGUUCUCUAUCGGUCAUGAGUGUGCAAGCUCUUGGAAUAGCUCUGAAGUUGACAUUUUCGGGGAUGAAUCAGUUAAUUUAUCCCCAAACUUGGGCUUUCACAAUAGUUGUAGCUGCAUGUGUGAUUACUCAAGUGAACUAUUUGAACAAGGCUCUUGAUACGUUCAACACAGCAGUUGUAUCACCCAUAUACUAUGUGAUGUUUACAUCCUUAACCAUUUUGGCUAGUGUGAUCAUGUUCAAGGAUUGGGAUCGGCAAAAUCCAACACAAAUAGUCACAGAGAUGUGUGGCUUUAUCACAAUCCUUUCUGGGACAUUUCUUCUUCACAAGACCAAGGACAUGGCUGAUGGUCAUUCACCAUCUUUAUCUGUGCGCCUCCCAAAACAUGCUGAUGAAGAUGGUUACCCCCCUGAGGGCAUUCCUCUCAGGCGUCAGGACUCAGUCCGAUCCCCAUGAUUUCUUCUGGAGCUCUCUCUUUCCGUCAGCUUUACAUGUAUUAUUACAUCUGACCUUACAAUUCAUGCACUCAAGGAAAAAAAGGGGAAAAGUCUUGAUUUUUUUUUUCCGGGAAAGUAUAGAUUUUUUAUUUUUCAAGAUUCCCAAAGCAAUAGGUUCUGCCCCCCAAGACAACAGUAAAGACCUAUAGGGUUCAAUUGGUUGCACAUCCAGUGUAUUUUAGCUUCAAUUGCCAAGAAUUCACUGUUUAGUCUUAUCUGUUGAACAUGAAGUUUGGACAAUUUCCUUAACUCUGCUACAAAAUAUUUUUGGUAUUAAUGUUAAUUGUGCA